UCUUUCUUUCUACAUUCUUUCAGUGUUUAACUUGCCAUCGAUGAGUCCGUCAAGACCGAGUUGAGAGUAGUGCAAGGCUUUUCUCCCACUGUCUAAAACCGCGUGAGAAAUAGUCUUCCUCCUCAGAUCUCUUAAAACAUUUUCUCUCUCUUUACCUUCCGAUUCUCCUCAGCUUCUCCAAGCGUACAAGCUACUUCUUCUUUUCCAUAAUCUCAAAAACUAAAACCCUAAACACAAAACACUCUUUACCUUCUAUAAAUACUCCACCUUUGUUUUUUUUCAGACAAUAAUCUCUGCUUUCAAUCACAUUCUCAUUACCAAGAUCAUCUUCCAGUUUAAUAAGAAAGAUAAUGAUGGGAGGAAGGUUCUGCAAGGGAAAGACAAAAGACGAAACUGGUGGCUCAUCACCUUCAACACCAGUACAGAUCAAGAUAAACUCAGCUUACACAGAGCACUUGACCUCUUACGAAACAGCUUGCAGCGAAGACCCAAAGCUCGAGUCUUUCGACUCAGCUCUCCACGAGCGAACCAACAGAGUCAUCAACAAGCUCGCGUCAGGCGUCGAGAUCAAAUCUCUAUCCUUCGAUUCCCUCAGAGAGGUGACGCAAUGUCUUCUAGACAUGAACCAAGACGUGGUCAAAGUUAUAUUACAGGACAAAGAGGACAUAUGGAGCAACCAAGACUUGUUCGGUCUCGUCAAUAUGUACUUCGAAAGCACUGCCAAGACUAUGGACUUCUGCUCUGAGCUCGAGAGCUGUCUCAACCGCGCGAAGAGAAGCCAAGUGAUUAUUCAGUUCGCUGUGAAACAGUUUGAGGAGGAAGAGGAUGAGAAUAACGAGAAUAGAAAGUAUGAGAAGACGCUUGAGGAGCUUAAAAGGUUUAAGUUGGCUGGUGAUCCGUUUACUAAAGAGUUCUUCGAUCUUUUCGAUUUGGUGCAUAAACAUCAGGUUAUGAUGCUUGACGAGCUUCAUAAGCUAAAGAGGAGGCUUGAUAAGAAGCUUAAGAACAUCAAAACAUGGAGAAGAGUGUCCAACAUGGUGUUUGUGACCGCGUUUGUCUCUGUGCUUAUCUUCUCGGUGGUUGCGGCCGCCGUGGCUGCACCGCCUGUUGUGGUGGCUAUAGCCGGUGCGCUGGCUGUUCCUGUGGGGUCUGUUGGGAAAUGGUGCAACUCUCUUUGGACUAAGUAUGAGAAAAUUGUUAAAGGGCAGAAGGAGAUCAUUACAUCUAUUAGGAUUGGGACUUAUAUUUCGGUUAAGGAGAUGGAUAAUAUAAGCGUGCUUGUGCGUAAAGUUGAAGUGGAGAUUGAGUCUUUGUUGAAGAACGCUGAGUUUGCUGUUACUGAGGAGAAAUGUGUGAGACUUGCGAUAGAUGAGAUCAAGAAGAAGCUUGAUUUGUUUACGGAUACCAUUGAAGAGCUCAGGGAGCAUGCGGAUAAGUAUUGUAGUGAUGUGACAAAGGCGAGGACUGUGAUUCUGCAGAGGAUAAUUCGGUACCCUACUGGUUCAACGACUGAAGAAGCUACUUGGACGGAAAUGUUGUCGUGAGAAGGCAGAUUCGGAUUGGCUUUGGAGACUGUUUGUUUGUUUUCUUUAGCACAAGUAUUAUUGAUAGCUAAGGAUAUGUUAAGUUAUCAAAAGAAAAAAAAAUGUAUUAUUGGUAGUAGUUGCCCGGAGGUAACCUUUUCUCAGUGCAUUAUUUAAAAACCUUAUAAAGAUUUUAUGCGAUUGAUUUUGGAUUUUACUUAUA